AUGGGCUCUUCACAUGGGAAUGGGGAGGCGGAGUCGUUGCUGGGCCCAAUAAUGAUCGCAGGGAUCAUCAACUCGUUCGUUUACGGUGUGUCUUUGCUCCAAGUUAUCCAGUACUACUGGGCCAGGCAUAAAGAUCCCUGGCUUAUGCGGGUCUUAGUGUUCUGGAUGUUCGUCGUGGACACCUCCCACACGGCGGCAGUCAUGUAUAUGAUGUAUGCAUAUGGGGUGACCAACUUCAUGAACACGUCCAUUUUGACUGCAACAAUGUGGCCGUUCACUACAACGCCUAUCUGGACCGGUGAAAAUGCCAUCCCGGUCCAGCAUCUUUUUGCCUGGCGCAUCAAAGCUUCUACGCAAUCAUGGGCGGUUUUCGCGGUGAUCUCGUUCCUGUCUCUUGCUGGGGGAGGCCUGGGGCUUGCCAAUGCCAUCGCAGCCCUUAGAAACCCCAGUGUAUAUCACUACAGACAGUCGAUCCCGCUGGGCGACACAUGGAUUGCGGUUUCACUCCUUGACGAUGCGAUUAUUUCAAUAUUGCUGUUCAUUCACUUGAUGAGAAGUCGCGGCAUCACCAGAUCUAACACUGCGACCACUCGUUUCAUUCGCGCUUCUGCGGAGACCACCGCCUAUGCCGUCAUUUUCUGUGUGGCGGAACUCAUUCUCUUCACUGCAUCUCGCGACACUAAUUUCCAUGUCAUGUUCGCUAUUCCGAUGGGUCGACUUUACUCAGCGGCGCUGUUGGCUUCGCUCAACUCGCGCUCGACACUUCGUGACGAGCUCGUCGGUACUGGCCUCGCAUUCAGGUCGGCGGCGGGCAACCGCUUCGAGCUCUCGAUGAAGCCCACGGAGGUCACGAUCGCCGUCGAGCGCGAGAUCCAGAUGGACGACGGGUUCGGCGCGCCGUCCGCGCGGAAGCAGGGUCUGCUCGACUUAGAGCGCAGUGGUUUCAUCUAG